AUGGCAAAGCAAAAGCGUUUCCGAAAUCCAUUAAAGUUAACACCUCAAGUUCAUACUUCACCUCAAGUCCAUACUUCACCUCAAGUUUCCCAAUCACCUCAAGCAUCCCAAGCUCAUGCUUUUUCUCAAGGUCCACCUCAAGUUCAUAUUACACAUCAAGUUUUACCUAGAGUUCAUACUUCACCCCAAGUUCCAAUUCAAGCUCAUGCUUCAUUUCAAGUUCCAACCCAAGUUCCUCUUACACAUCAAUCUCUAACUCAAGCUCAUAAUAUACCUCAAGCACCAACUUCAUCUCAUUCAUUACCUCAAUCUCAAACUUCAACUCAUUCUUUAUCUCAAACACAUCAAAGUGAACCAUCUCCAACACAAACUCCAACUAACUCAUCAACAUUGAAUGGUACAACACCAUCAGAGUCUGAAGAAAUUCCACAACAAUUUCAAACAUCUAUGAAAUAUGUUGGGCGUGAAUCUGUGGAAUAUUGGACUGUUGAGUCAAUAGCACAAGGUUUGCUAGAAGGAUAUUGUGGAACAUUAGCAACUAAUUCCAAUUUAUUUCCAAUUAAUUUUGAAAGGUGGUCUGGAAAGUUAGGCAUGCCAAAAUCUUAUUUUGAUAAUUGCUUUGAAACUGAUUUAAAGCCUCGAUUUCAGUUUAACACUAUUGAAGCCACGACAAAGAGAUAUUGCAAACUUAGCAUUUCAAAAAAGUGGACUGCACAUAGAGAAAGUUUGUGGACUAGAUUUUACGAUCCAUCUCAAACCCGAGAUGAAAUUAUAAGUAAUGUUCCAAUUGGUGUAGACCCAACUCAAUGGGCUCAUUUUGUUAAUUGUCGCUUGAAACCGGAAACAAUGGAGCGUUGUCGCAAAAAUAGAGAAAAUCGUAGCAAGCAAGUGAUUCCUCAUACUGGUGGUUCUAAACCUCUUUCGAGAAAAAGACAUGAGAUGGAGCAAAUUGAUGUGGGUUUGACACAAAGCAAUAUUGAUGAAUCUCAAAUAUCUCCUAAUGAUGUUGUCGGUAGAGUCUUUGGGCCCGAACAUUCUGGAAGAGUGAGAAGUAUGGGUAUGGGUGCAGCUCCUACUAAUACAUUUAGAAAUAAUGGAGUUAGACUUUCAAAUUUGAGUAAUUCUUCAACAAGUGUUGCUGCAUCAUCAUCUAACUUUUGGCAGGAGAAGUACAUGAACUUGGAAUCUCAAGUUCAAAACAAUAUGGCAACAUUUAAAGCAUAUAUUAUGAUGAAAGAAGGAAAGAUUCCUGAUCAAGUGGCUGACAUUUUGGGUUUCUCAAAUCCAAGUGAUAUUGCAAGUGAGCCUAAUUCGCCGUUGAUUGCAAGAGGAACUUGUGGUGGUAGCAACAUUUGAUGUGCAUUUUAUUAAGGAGAUUGAACAAGACUAAUAUUGAUUCUAUGUUUUUUGUUAUGU